AUGUGGAGUACUCGCUGGUACGGAGUAUUUGCACAACAAUGUGAAGGGUUCCCUCAAGAUGUAUUGGGACGAAUCUAUAAUAACGGAUCAUACAGAGCCGAGAUCCUUAUUAUAGCUUUAGGAGCAAAGAAGGCAAAGUUAAUUGAUAUCGAGAUUCCAAACGAUAACAACAUAAGCACAACCGUGGGAGAGAAGCUCCGUAAGUACCAAGAACUGCCGAUCGAAUUAAAAGUUGUACUAUUUGGAAAGCGUAUUGGUCACACCAAUAAUAAUAUCAACCAAUGGUCUGAUCCCUAUGUCAACGGUGGCAGACCUCAUAUCGUGUUGAUCGAGAGUAAUAUGAAAACUGCAGAGAUAAUAGAUAUCGCUGUGCCAAAUGAUGGGAUCACCAACCCAGUUUGCGCCGAAAUAAAAUCGGAAAUAUCAAAUUCUUGCAGCGGAGUUAAAAGAUCUGUACAGACUGAACAAAGUGACAGGAAGGGCUUUAGUGAUCUCUAG